AUGUAUUUAGCAAUGGAGGAAAAGAAUAUGAUUAAGCCGGAAAACUUAUUCACGCACGGGGUCUUUGAGUUUGGCACGGGUAGUAAUAACAACGCAAUCCAUGAAAAAUUCGAUGCACAACUUCAGAUCAGACGCCAAAACGAGCACGAACAGACGCCACCACCAUGGUCGUCGACACCUUCAUCAUCAUCGAAUCGAAGAUAUCAAAUUGCCAAUGUACAUGAACCAAACGUUGAAGUCUAUGGGUUGCUUAGACCUACCUCUGAUGGAGUGGAUCGGUUGAAUGGAAAAGUUGGAAGUAGACAGGCACGACAGCCAAAGCAACGACAGCAACUACAACGACAGCAACUACAACAGCAACAACUACAACGGCAACAGAUGCUAUCAAAACAACGACACUCGUUGGAUUUCAAUCUUCAGAGAAAGAAGCUGAACGACAAUGACGUUGUACAAGUCGUCUACAAAAGAAAUAUUUUUAGACGUUCAUCCAACGAAACUUCAACGACUACUUCACCAAAAAAUCAACAACAGCAGGAGCAACAACAACAAAAAACAAAAAGCCAACAAUCGAAAGAACAACAACAAAAAGAUACCCAACAACAGGACCAACAACAAUCCAAGCAACAACAACAAGCUCAACCACAACAAAAACAACAACAAGACUUACAAAAACAACAACAACAACAACAACAACCGGUAGGUGACCAACAACAACAACAGGCCUUACCACUGCAACAGCACGAACAACAAGCUCUACUAAAACAAGCACAACAACAACAACAACAACAACAAAAUAAAGAACAACAUCAAGAGAGACAGGGAGAACAUGAAAAAAAAUUAGAAUCAAUGGAAAACUUGGAGCAACAAAAACAGCAACAAAACCUGCAGAACAACAGCCUGCAACAACACAAGGAACUUCUACAACAAAUCAAAGAACAGCAAGAAGUUCAGCGAAUCCACGAAAUUGAACAAGAAGAGAAGUUGGAACGGGAGCUGAGGUUACUGGUGCAGCACCUCAACGAACAACGCCAACGACGACUGGAGCAAGAGCGGUGGCAGAAGGAGCUGACGGAGAAGAGGAUGAAGAGGAAGAGGAUGAUGUCAGCCAUGCAGAGCCACAUUUCGAAUCUGAGAGAGAGGUUGCAGAUGAAUCACAUCCUCCAGGAUAAAAUGAAACUUCUCCUCAAGAGAAACGAAAGGCAGUUGAAUGCGCUGGACUACAAAAUGAUGCACGAGAAACUGCUAAACAACCAGCAGGACCUACUUCAGCAGCAACGCAAGAUGAAGAGACUCUUCGAACGGGAACACGUCUACUCGAAUCUGCGCAGGCAGAAGAACAAGAGGCUGAGGAAGCUGAACCAACUGAUGCAGAGACAGGAACUGGAGCGACUACAACAGCAACAAGAUUUGGAAAUGCUGGAGAUCAUCCUCAAACAACAGCAACAAAAACAACAACAAAAAGAUAAACUGAAAAGACUGGAACAACAACUGCACCACCUGAGCGAGAGGCAGCAACAACAAGCAGAACGUGAGUUGGUUCGCAGAAGAAAACGAUCUAUUGAUAUAAAUAUGCAAACUUUGCAGAAAUCACCACAGCAGCUGCAACAAUAUCAGCAACUACUGCAACAGCAACAACCGCCACUAGAACAACUACAAGUACCACAACAGCUACAACUACAGCCACAGCAAUUUGAAACAGAUAUUGUUUACAUAUUGCAGGAUGAUCAUAGAAAACAAGAGGAGCAGGAACAAUUGGAAUCACAACAACCACAACAACCGCAAUCACUACAACUUGAACGACAACAAAUUCAACUACAACAACUUCCACAACAACAACAAUUUUAUCUUCAAAACCAGUCUAACAAAAAAGAAUCAAACGUAAGUAUGAACCAUAAUAAAAAUCUCAACACAGAAAUCUCGGAUCUGUUACAACAAUCCGAGCAAGAGUUGUUGCGGCAACAACAAUUUUUGCAACAACAACAGCAACAACUCACUAAACAACAAGAGCUUUACCAGCAGCAGCAACAGCAACAUUUGAAUCAACAAAAUCAGCAACAACAUCAGCAACAACAUGCACAGAAAUUUGCGACUAACAACAACAAUCUCUACAAAAACAUUGAACCUCACCAGCAAAACUCAUACCAGCUUCUGGUUGACAGCCAACCAGACUACAGUUACCUCCAUAAAGGUGAUUUUAAACAUUUCCUCCAGCCACAACAAACAUCUUCACAACAGUACCUACCACAGUAUGGGGAUCAACAACAACAACAACAACAGCCACCAGUACAUGAAACCCUCGGUAGGCAGUAUUCACAACAGCAAAAUGAACAACGACAAAAAGAACUUCAACUUAAACAACGACAGCUUAAACAACAUCUCCAAAAACUAUUUCGACAAAAUGGUGAGCUGGACAUCAAGGAAGAAUUCGAUAUUGACCUGAAAAACAAAAACAGCAAUUUCGCAAUUUCAACUACCAACAACGACAAAAACACCAUCACCAAUGAGCAUCUUUUUGAGGCUGGAGCAAAACAUGGCAGAUGCCACAACGCAAGAACCUGA